CAACGACGUGCAUCGGUUCUGGUUUUUGAAAUUUAAAAUUAACGACUGCAACUACGAGCUCCCUACGACCGUACGUAGUAAAUGUACGAGCUUCAUUCAUUUUACGAGAGGAUUCGCAGUUCAUAUCCUACCGGUAGUUCUUCGCGACAAAGCCCAUCCAUUCCAAACGAACGGAGUCCAAAGGACCGCCGCUGCCAUUGCUUUUGCCGCUCCUACGCCGAAGAGKGCAGCCCCGAGAUGGAACCCCCGCCACCGAUCGGCACCGCACCGAGACCCGAAGCGAAGGAGAGCAACCGCUCGGGCAACAACGACGGCGACGAGCCCCACCGCGGCUCCCCCGAGUCGGCGGGCCUCGCCCGGGGACUCGCCCGGUCCGCGGCCCGGAAGGGUGCGAGCCGCGCCGCGGUGGGCCGGCUCCCCCUCCGCCCACCCKCCGCGGCGGGAAGGGCGUCCACCGCGAACGUGGCAAAGAGCGCCGCCCGGAUCCGGAGGCUCGCCAGGGUUUCCGACCGAGCGGCCACCGGGUUCGACGUCGUGGCGGAGGCCCACAGCGCCGCGGGGGGAACGCCGGYCGGGAGCCGCGGGGCCCCUGCRCAACCAGGCUGGAAGGCCAGGGCAUGGGCGUUUGGGGCCGGCCUCACCAAGAGCACUAUCCUCGGUGCCGCCGUGUUUGCUACCUACGAGGGAAUGGUGGAUUAUCGCCCAUCGGGAGACACCGAAGGCGGUUCCGACCCGGGUUCUGUCGGGGACAACAUUUGCUCUGCCGCCGAGGAAAACUCAUCUUCCCUGCUGUGGCACUAUGGAUCUGGAUUUUGUGCAGGGAGUGUCCACGCGUUCCUCGGGCGUGCCAUCGAAGGACUCGCCUCUUUCUCGUCGGCAGCGAUGGCCCGGAAUUCUAGAACGACAGCGGCAGCAGCCACAUCCGCACCGAGCCCGGCGUUUAUGCCCUAUUUGCUCCACCACGGUGCUUCCCAUACGGUACUCUUUGGAUCGUACGAAACGAUCAAGCGGCUGGGGCUGGGCCUCGCACCCGAGGAAUCGGAACACGAAACGGAGGACAAUCCCGGCCUCCUGGACCGAAAGCUCGCCACGGUGGCGAUUGCGGGGGGAAUCGCGGGGAUCGGYCAGCAGCUGGCGGCCGACUGGACGGAGAGGGUGAUCGAGGUGSUCGGCAGGGAGAAGGCCACCGGCGGGGCCACGGGGAUUCUUCCCCACGGCAAAGAUCUGUGGUCGGCCGCGACCAAGCUUCCGAGCUACAGCGCUCGAACCCUCUGGAUGGUAUCGCUUCCCACGUCGAUCGGCUUUGUGGCGUUUGAGUACGGACGGGAAGCCGUUUCGGGCGAYGCGUGACKUGCUUGUUUGGAUGGUCAAACGUYCACCGGUGCCAAGGACGGGGUCUUCCUCCGMAGGCAACUAAAGAUGUUUGAAUUUCGGACAACCCAGUCAGUCGGAAAGAUUGACAAWUAUCCCUCUCGUUCAAGCCGGCYUGAUCGAACAGGAAGGCAGGCAACGAAACAGAGGCGCGUCUGUUUGAUCGCCUUUUUGKUAMACUUUUUGCUCCUGUGAUUGAUUUCYGUCGAGCGACAGAGGUCGUCUCCACAGCGCCCGAGGGCAACCUUUCAUCGUGGUUUGCUUCCAAGAGAGCCGCAGGGUUUUUCUCUGGAUUGCAUUGCCAGUACUAGGAGUGCCAUACACGUGGUGUGGAUCUAUCGUGAUGCAAUAGAAUAUUUUAAUAAGG